ACCACCGGGAGGGCGGGGCCGUGGCGCCCGGCGCACGUGUUCUUCCCUCCGUCACGUGACCGAAACCCGGGCCACGUCACGAGGUUUGCGGAAGUGCGCGGGAGAGACCGGGAGACGCGGAAGGAUCCGGGGCGCCGCUGCCACCAUGGACCUGCUGUUCGGGCGCCGGAAAACGCCAGAAGAGUUGCUGCGGCAGAACCAGCGGGCGCUGGCCCGCGCCAUGCGGGAACUCGACCGCGAGCGCCAGAAGCUCGAAGCGCAGGAGAAGAAGAUCAUCGUCGACAUCAAGAAGAUGGCCAAGCAGGGCCAGAUGGAUGCGGUGAAGAUUAUGGCGAAGGACUUGGUGCGGACGCGGCGUUAUGUGAAGAAGUUCAUCACCAUGAGGGCCAACGUCCAGGCUGUGUCCCUCAAGAUCCAGACCCUCAAGUCCAACAACUCCAUGGCCCAGGCCAUGAAGGGUGUCACCAAGGCCAUGGCCACUAUGAACCGGCAGCUGAAGCUGCCCCAGAUCCAGAAGAUCAUGAUGGAGUUUGAGAAGCAGGCGGAGAUUAUGGACAUGAAAGAGGAGCUAAUGAACGACGCCAUCGAUGACGCCAUGGGGGACGAGGACGAUGAGGAAGAGAGCGACGCGGUGGUGUCACAGGUGCUGGAUGAGCUGGGGCUGAACCUGACCGACGAGCUGGCCACCCUGCCCCCCGCCGGGGGGUCGCUGGCGGCGGGGGAGGGGCGGGCGCCCGAGGCCGCGGCCGCGCUGGCCGACGCCGACGCCGACCUGGAGGAGCGGCUCAAGAACCUGCGCCGGGACUGACCCUUGACCUCCGACCCCUGACCCCCCACCUGGAUGACCCGAAAUAACCCCCCGCCCCCCCUUUCUUUUUCGCCACCCUGCGACUCCGGGGUUGACCCCUGCUGCUCCGCGACCCCGGGGUUGACCCUACGACCCCCCCCGGGGUUGACCUCAGCGAACCCGCGACCCUGGAGCCGCCCCGGGGUGACCUCUGACCCCGUGCGACCUACGGUCACCGCCGUGACCCCUGCGGUGACCUUUGAACUUAGCCAACGGCGACCCGCCUGCCCCCGA